CCAUAACUAAAUAUAACUCAGUCAGGACAUGUGUGCUGACUGCAGCCUGCUCUCACUCAUGCAAAAGCCCAUUAGCCAGUUUACAUUCAACAAAGGUUCACUGCCCAUCCCUUUUGUCCAGCUGUUCUGCAAGAAAGCUGCGCUUACACCUCUUGGGGAUCUGUGAAGAUGCCAGCAGCCCAGCGAAGGAGUAGAGCCAGGGACAAGAACAAUGUCCUGGCCAGACCGGAGUUCAUGUCACUCAGCCAGCCAGCGGUUUCGCCCCAGGCAGAGGGCAGAAACUCUAACAGGAAACAGAGUGGUCAAUUUGGAAACUCCAACGAGAGUGGCCGGGAGAGAAGGCAGAGCCAGCAGCUGCCAGAAGAGGACUGCAUGCAGCUGAAUCCAUCUUUCAGAAAGAUUGCCUGGAAUUCACUUGUGGCCAUUGAUAUAUCAUUGUCUAAAAGCCUUGGUGUGUGUGCCACCAACACGUCAUCAUGGGGCAGUGCUCGAUCCAUGGUCAAGCUGAUUGGGGUAACAAGCCAUGGCUUUCCUUGGAUUAUUGGCACGUUGGUGUGCAUGAGGAAUAGCAACACAUUGGCUGGACAAGAAGUUCUCUUCAAUCUACUACUGGCUCUGCUGUUGGACAUCCUGACAGUGGCUGGACUACAGAAGCUGGUCAGACGGCGUGGUCCAUAUGAGGUCACGCCUGGUAUCUUGGACUACCUUCUCCUUGACAUCUACGCCUUCCCAGCAGCACAUGCCAGUCGGGCCACCAUGGUUUCCAAGUUCUUCCUCAACCACUUGGUGCUUGCCAUCCCCUUGCGCAUUUUAUUGGUCUUGUGGGCCUUCUGUGUUGGAAUAUCUCGUAUUAUGAUUGGCCGGCACCACAUCACUGAUGUCAUUGGAGGAUUUGUGAUUGGCUACCUGGAGUUUAACUUUGUAGAGAUUGUUUGGCUCUCAUCUAACACAUGUCAGAUGUUAUCUUCUUUGUGGUGAGCGCCUCCAUUGAGGAGAAACAUAGAACUUAUUCACAAAUACGACUUAAGAGUAGAUAUGGGAUGAACCUUAAUACCCAAUUCAUUGGUCUAUGGUCAAUGGUAAAUAUAAAGCUGGACAUUAUUUUACUUCUUUUUUUUCUGUGCUAUAAAUGGAGACUAUUUCAAUUGACUUUUACAUGUACUGUCUUAAUUAGUCUGUGGGAAUUGUCAUUUAAAGUAAAAUAAUAUUUGCUUGGGGAACCCAGUUCUAAUUCUAUAUGAACCAUGUUUUAUAAUAAAGGAUCAGUUCAACUUU